UUGAGCGAGGACAGACAAUAGCUGUGGGGAAAGAAAAUGAGUUCCGGGGCGAGCUGCUGAGCCAGAGGUGGACGUGCGGGGACAAGGCCGGCCGCUGCAGGACCCCGAGGCCCCCGGACAGGCGCGGCAAGAUGAGCCUGGAGAGCGAGGACAAGCGAGCGCGCACGAGAUCCAAGGCCCUGCGAGCACCCCCGGAGCCCACAGGAGCUGACCUCAGCUGCCCCACCCCGGGGUGCACGGGCGCGGGCCACAUCCGUGGCAAGUACUCCAGGCACCGGAGUCUGCAGAGCUGCCCUCUGGCCAAGAAGAGGAAGCUGGAGGGCGCCGAGGCGCAGCACCUGGUGUCCAAGCGGAAGUCACACCCGCUGAAGCUGGCUCUGGAUGAGGGCUACGGCGUGGACAGCGAUGGCAGUGAGGACCCCGAGGUGAAGGAGGCCUCUGUCUCCGAUGAAUCGGAAGGAACCCCGGAGGAGGACGAGGCCGGGAUGCCGGGACAGGAGGAGAUUCAUCGCCCCGAGCCAGCUGAAGGGAGGAGCCCCACGAAGUCCCACUUUGGACCCCACCCUGUGGGCAGCCCCACGGGCCCCUCCAGAGGCAGCUAUGGCAGCUACCAGGAAGUCAUCGCAACUUCGCUCCUGAACUUGGGCCAAGUGGCCGGGGAGACCCUGGUCCGGGAGGGCUCGGGACAGGGAGCCCAGCUGGGCCCCGGCGCCGUGCGCCUGGUCCCGGAGGAAGCCGAGGAGGGGGCCUCCAGCGACGAAGGGGAAAGGGCCGUCUUCGUCCCGCCCGAGGACGCGGAGGAGGUCAUCGAGGUCACCAGCGAGCGCUGCCAGGAGCUGAGUCCGCAGGCCCUGGAGGGCAUGACCAGCGAGGAGCCCAGCCCACAGAAAGGCUCCCCGGGUCAGGAGGAGGAGGAGGAGGAGGAGGAGGAGGAGGAGGAGGAGGAAGGUGAGGACGAGGACGACGAGGAGGAGGAGGAGGAGGAGGACGAGGAGGCUGCCCCCCCGCAGGCCCCCGAGCCCCCCGGCCCCCGGCCAGACGCCGCGGUGGCGGCAGAGCCGAGCUCAGAGGACAGCAAGGACGAGGACGCCUGCUCCCAGAAGUCCGCCGUCACGGACGAGUCGGAGAUGUACGACGUGAUGACGCGCGGCAACCUGGGCCUGCUGGAGCAGGCCAUCGCCCUGAAGGCGGAGCAGGUGCGCGCCGUGUGCGGGCCCCCGGAGCAGGGCCCGGGCGAGCCCCUGAAGGCGGCUAGGCCCCUGGACGCCGCGCGCAAGACUUACGGCAGCAAAGAUGCCUCCAGAGCGGAGAAGCGGGAGAUCAAGUGCCCGACCCCAGGCUGCGACGGCACCGGGCACGUGACCGGCCUGUACCCUCACCACCGCAGCCUGUCCGGGUGCCCCCACAAGGACAGGAUCCCUCCGGAGAUCCUGGCCAUGCACGAGAACGUGCUCAAGUGCCCCACCCCCGGCUGCACGGGCCAGGGCCACGUGAACAGCAACCGCAACACACACAGAAGUUUGUCCGGGUGUCCCAUUGCUGCUGCCGAAAAACUAGCCAAGUCUCACGAGAAGCAGCAGCCACAGGCGGGAGACCCCUCCAAGGCUGGCUCCAAUUCGGACCGGAUCCUCAGACCCAUGUGCUUCGUGAAGCAGCUCGAGGUCCCUCCGUACGGAGGCUACCGGCCCAGCGUGGGCCCUGCCACGCCCAGGGCCAACCUGGCCAAGGAGCUGGAGAAGUUCUCCAAGGUCACCUUCGACUACGCAAGUUUUGAUGCUCAGGUUUUUGGCAAACGCAUGCUUGCCCCAAAGAUUCAGACCAGCGAAACCUCACCUAAAGCCUUUAAAUGCUUCGACUACACGCACGACGCCGAGGCCGCGCACAUGGCUGCCACCGCCAUCCUGAACCUCUCCACGCGCUGCUGGGAGAUGCCCGAGAACCUCAGCACGAAGCCGCAGGACGCGCCCAGCAAGGCCGCGGACAUCGAGGUGGACGAGAACGGGACCCUGGACCUGAGCAUGCACAAGCACCGCAGGCGGGAGAGCGCGUUCCCCAGCGGCGGCGGCGGCGGCGGCGGCAGCCCCGGGGUGCGGUCUCCUGACACCUCCCAGCGCCAGAGCGGCGCCGGUGCCCCCGGCAGCUCCAUGACCUCACCCCAGUCCAGCCAGGGGUCCCGCCAGGAGGAGUGGGACCGGCCCCUGGACUACACCAAGCCCAGCCGCCAGCGAGAGGAGGAGCCUGAGGAGUCAGAGCCAGCAGCCCAUUCUUUUGCUUCUUCUGAAGCAGAUGACCAGGAAGUGUCGGAAGAGAAUUUUGAGGAGCGGAAGUACCCCGGGGAAGUCACCCUGACCAACUUUAAGCUGAAGUUUCUCUCCAAGGACAUAAAGAAGGAGCUGCUCACCUGCCCCACCCCCGGCUGUGACGGCAGUGGCCACAUCACUGGGAACUAUGCCUCCCACCGCAGCCUCUCUGGUUGCCCUCUUGCUGACAAGAGCCUCAGAAACCUCAUGGCUGCCCAUUCUGCUGACCUCAAGUGCCCCACGCCCGGCUGCGACGGCUCUGGCCACAUCACAGGAAACUACGCUUCACACCGGAGCUUGUCGGGCUGCCCUCGUGCCAAGAAGAGCGGAGCCAAGGUGACGCCCACGAAGGACGACAAGGAGGACCCCGAGCUGAUGAAGUGCCCUGUGCCGGGCUGCGUGGGGCUCGGCCACAUCAGCGGCAAGUACGCCUCUCACAGGAGCGCGUCGGGCUGCCCGCUGGCCGCCCGCCGGCAGAAGGAGGGCUCGCUCAACGGCUCCUCCUUCUCCUGGAAGUCGCUGAAGAACGAGGGGCCCACCUGCCCCACUCCAGGCUGUGACGGCUCCGGCCAUGCCAACGGGAGCUUCCUCACACACCGCAGCCUGUCCGGCUGUCCCAGAGCGACCUUUGCUGGGAAGAAGGGAAAACUCUCAGGGGACGAGGUUCUCGGCACAAAGUUCAAGACGAGCGAUGUGCUGGACAACGACGAGGAGAUCAAGCAGCUGAACCAGGAGAUCCGAGACCUGAACGAGUCCAACUCGGAGAUGGAGGCCGCCAUGGUGCAGCUGCAGUCCCAGAUCUGCUCCAUGGAGAAGAGCCUGAAGACCAUCGAGCAGGAGAACAAGCUGAUCGAGGAGCAGAACGAGGCCCUGUUCCUGGAGCUGUCGGGCCUGAGCCAGGCCCUCAUCCGGAGCCUCGCCAACAUCCGCCUCCCGCACAUGGAGCCGAUAUGCGAGCAGAACUUCGACGCCUACGUGACCACCCUCACCGACAUGUACUCCAACGAGGAGUGCUACCAGAACCCCGAGAACAAGGACCUCCUGGAAAGCAUCAAGCAGGCCGUGCGGGGCAUCCAGGUCUAGGCGGCCCGUGGACCGGCCGGCCCCCGCGGCUCCACCGUUUACCUCCCGAGCCCCGCCCUCCGCGCCAGUUCCCUCCUCCCAGUGGCUCCUCGGUGGCGGCCCGGGCGGCCUGGGGGGUCGUCCAAAGGGGCGCCUGGAGAUCCGUCCCUCGUCCCUCGAUGCGCUGGCCGGGCCUCCGCCUCCCCUUCCCCGAGUGAGGGCAGAACGUGAAGUGUUACAAAUUGGUUUAUUUUUGUUUUCGGAACAUAAUCCGAAGAGCAGCUCGAAGUCUCCAGUGGUUCUCAGGGAAGUUUCGGAGUGCGCGGCCACCGAGCCCCUGAGUCUGGGGGCCGGGAGGGUGGCCGUGGUAUCGGCCCGCGGCGGCGCCUCUGCUCGCGGGGCCAGUGUGGCGAGUGUGUGUUCUGGUUUCCGUCCCUUUGCUUUUGUGUUAAGAAUGAACCGAAGCACCGCUCCAGGGGGUCAGACGAGGGCGGGCUGGCUCCAGGGAGCCGACUGGGCCGCCCUGGGGAAUCGCCCCGGCUCCCAGCAAAGCACCUCCCCUCUGGGGGCAGCGGGCCCCCUGGCGCUGCUCAGACCUGAGCAGGGGGCUGCGGCCUCUGCCCCCCUGUCUGGCUCAGGCGGGCCAGGCCUGUGACUCCCUGUGCAUCCCCCGGGCGGGGACCGUCACUGCCACGUCACCUGGGUCCCGGCUGAGCUGCAGGAGGUCAGGGCACCAACUCCUCAUUGGAGACCACCCAGGUUUCGCUUUUUUUAGAUCUAGUCAAGACGCGAAAACAGGUAAAUUUUAAUUUAAUGUGUUGAAAACACAGUGUCCCUGCGUGUAAAUAGAGUCCUGACAGCAAUUCCAAGUUAGCAUUUAAGAGUAGAGAAGCGGCUCUUUCUGGGAGAAAUGAAAAGUAGUUAGUUUAAUUAUUCUGUAAAUUAUUUAAUUUUGUCAAGAUGGAAGUAUUUAUAUUCACAGCCUCUUUUAUGUUCAUGUUUGCUAUUUAUUUGACGUUUUAUUUAUUAAUUUUAUACUACUUUACCUAGACCCUGACACCAGGACACCAGGAGAGAGCAGUAAGCAAAAUCAGAGUGAAAUCAGCUGUCCAGCAGUGAGACAGGCCACACAAAAGAAUCUUGCUAUAACUUCUAGUUAUAAUUUUGAUGCAACCAAGUUAUUUUUUAUAUAUUUUGUUAUUUAUUCUUUUAAUAAUGGGAUUUUUAAGAAAGUAUUUUGUAACUGAGGAAUUUUGAUAAUUUGGGGAUGUCCUUCCCUCGGCCCAGUGGAGAGAGAGACGGUUUUCUUUUCCCUUCCGGUUCCUUUGGUCCCAGGCCCCGGGCGGCGCUGGAACCCUGUAUUCACUGCUCGCUUGCGUGUAGCGCAGCUGUGUGUCGUGUCGCGUCCGUGCGCGGGGUUGGGAUGGCCGCCGCAGCGCCGCGUGCCGCCCGCCCCGCCCCUGUGCCCCGUGGCUCCGACACUGUGACCCCCCUUCCUCAGGAAACGCGCGGAGCCCACGGCACAGCACUUCGCGGUGUGUCUGCAGGGUGAUUUCCUAAUAAAA